AUGGCCAGAGACGUCAGUCCUCGGAGCCUCACGCCUCUGUCUGCAAGACAGCAGCAAUGGGAUGGAGCCUCUCUGGGGUUCAUGCUCCCCUUCAUCCCCCUACGUUCUCUAAUUCUCUACUACUUCCUGUCAUGUGCAGCAGCAGCAACGGGGAGUUUGCCCGGCAUUGAAUAUGACUACGGCAUUAGCCCCAAAUUUGUGUGCACCCCGAUUCCCCCAGAAGCAGACCCCAGCUGCUACUCCCCACCUACCGUGCCCCAUGGACCGAGCAGCAACGGCCAAACGAAUGGUCACAACGGCAGCAGUCGGCGAGGCAUGAUGUCUGACGAGGCCAAAGCCACCAUCUUGCAUCUGCGAGAGAGCCUGGUGAGGCAAAAGGAGACCAUCCUGGACCAGCGGGAGACCAUCAGAGAGCUGACGGCCAAACUCACCUUGUGCGAGGGCUUCGGUGGUCACCAUGACACCGAUCACCACGACAACCGCCACGACAACCACCACGAUACCCAUCCUGACACUCAUCAUGACGGCCACCCGGAUGACCACCACGGGCAUCGUGGUGGCCAUCAUACGCCAUCGUCGUCGCACCACGGGCCUUCGACCCAUCACGGCAGCGACCACCACUACUCCCAUGGCGGCCACCGGUCUGACCCCCACCACAGGAAGGGCUCGUCGUAUGGAAAACACAGCUCCUUCUCCCCCGAGCAGACCGGCAAAACGCUGCAGACACUGAAGGAGAGGCUGGAGAACUUGCAGGCCAGGAACUCGUCCAGCUCUUACUCCAGCUCCCUGAGAGAACUCCUCCAGCGGAAGAUCACCGCCCUGGAGGAGCAGCUGCACAGCUACUACCAAGACCACCGUGAUGACCACCAUGACGACCACCACAGCAGCAGCCGCCCUGAUGACCAUCACGAUGACCACCGUGACGGUCACAAUGGCAACGGCCCCCGUGACGACCACCACGAUGACCACCAUGGCACCGGUCAUCGUGAAAACCACCACAGUGACCACCGUGGCUCUGGUCGCCGUGACGACCAUCAUGAUGACCACCAUGGCACCGGUCACCGAGAUGACAGCCAUCAUAACAGUCAACACGGUAGCCACAGGAACAACCAUCGCAGCAAUCAAAAUAACCGCCAUCAUGACCACCACUACGACUGGCACCACAGCCGGCAGCGAGGUCACUAUGGCAACCAUCGUAGCAUCCACCAUGAUGACCACAACGACGAUCACCACGAUGAUCACCACGGUUACCACGAUGAUCACCACGAUGAUCACCACGAUGAUCACCACGACUAUCACCUCAGACCUGGAUACCACGACGACCACCACUAUGAUCACCACGAUGACCACCACGAUGACCACCACGAAGAUCACCAUGGCAAUGACCACCAUGACGAUGACCACCAUGACAACCACCAUGGUAGCGAUCAUAACCCAAGGCGGCUGCCUAUUAGCAGCAAAGAGACAAAUCUGCGAGGUGCUGGGCACGGGAAGCUGGAAACAGUGCUCAGCCAACUGCACCACGGCAACACUGACCAAGGAAACCACAAGAAGCUAAAGAGUCCCAGCGCUUUCCUGCUCGAAUUUCCCAUGAAGACCAACUACAUGUACACCAAGAUGAAGCGUUCGCCGAUCAACGAGAUCUUCGCCCUGACCAUCUGCCUGUGGCUGAAGGCGGGAGCAGGUCCUGGCCUCGGUACUCCCUUCUCCUACGCCGUACCGGGACAAGCCAAUGAACUGGUGCUCAUCGAAUGGGGCAGCAACCCUAUGGAGCUGCUAAUCAGCGACAAGGCGGUGACAUUGCCGAUAACCAUGACCGAUGGGAAGUGGCAUCACGUGUGCAUUACGUGGACGACACGCGACGGCGUCUGGGAGGCCUACCAGGACGGCGUGAAGAAAGGCUCGGGGCAGAACCUGUCAGCGUGGCACCCCAUCAAACCAGGAGGGACCUUCAUCCUGGGCCAGGAGCAGGACACGAUGGGCGGCCGCUUCGACGUCACCCAGUCCUUCGUGGGAGAGGUGUCUGACCUCCAGUUCUGGUCCAGAGUCCUGACGGCCAAUGAGAUCUACAGCCAGGCCACAUGCGUAGGCCACCUUAUCGGUGACAUCAUGUCCUGGUCCGAAGAGUCGGUGGAGCUCCACGGAGGGCUCACCGUGGUCCCCUUUGACCCCUGCCACUAA